GCCCACCUUGCAAACUACUCCGCUAGUAUCAACUACAACACCUACCUACCAAACAUCAACCAUCAAUCAUCCAACAUGCUCGGCCGCCGCACCGCCCGCACCGCUCCUCGCACCACCACGCGCACCACCCGCGCAAAGCCCAGUCUGGCUUCCAGGCUAAUGGGCCCCAAGACGAGGACUUCAACUCGUCGCACUCCAGCUACCACCACCACCACGACAACCACGACCAGGACCACGCGCCACCACGGCGGUGCCACUACCGGCCGUCGCGGUCACCACACCACCGCUGCUCCCGUCCACCACCACAAGCGCCACGCUACCAUGGGCGACAAGGUCUCUGGUGCGUUGAUGAAGCUCAAGGGUAGCUUGACUCACAGGCCUGGUGUCAAGGCUGCUGGUACCAGACGCAUGCACGGCACUGAUGGACGAAACGCUCGCCGCGUCUAUUAG